AUCCUCCAACUUAUUUGAGCCGAGAAUCUAUACUGCAUAGGCAUUACAUUCAUGCACAUAAUGAAAAGUUAAGAAGGCCAGUAGCACUUAGCCUCUCUAGAUGUGCAACCAUGUCUAGAACAGCAAAACUCAUCUCCCUCUUGAUCAUCACCAUCGUCAUCCUCUUCAUUGAUCCUGCACAUUCCUAUACCGAUUCAUUCCUCUAUGGAGGCUGCUCCCACCUUAAAUACACCCCCAACUCGGCCUACAAGUGGAACGUCAACUCACUCCUCACCUCGCUCGUGAACUCGGCCACCUACUCGUCCUACAACAAGUUCACGAUCGUGGGCUUGAGCCCGCAGGAUGUUGUCUACGGGCUCUUCCAGUGCCGGGGCGACCUGUCCAUGCCCGAGUGCGCCACGUGCGUGGCCCGCGCAGUGAGCCAGCUCGGGGCCCUCUGCUCCCACACGUGCGGUGGCGCGGUGCAGCUGCAGGGGUGCUACUCCAAGUACGACAACGACACCUUCCUUGGGGUGGAGGACAAGGCCGAGGUGAUGAAGAGGUGCGGGCCCUCGGACGGGUAUGACGCGGAUGCGAUGGGCCGGAGGGAUGCAGUCCUGGCGAGCCUCGCAAGCGCGGGCGGCCCUUACCGGGUGGGCGGGUCAGGGAAAGUUCUGGGCAUGACCCAGUGCGUAGGGGAUCUGAGCGCGGGGCAGUGUCAGGAUUGCACGGCGGAGGCAAUCGGGCGGCUGAAAAGCGAGUGUGGCACGGGGGUGUAUGGUGACAUAUUCUUAGCCAAGUGCUAUGCUAGGUACUCAACCAAAGGGGCACAAUCGUUCUCCAAGGCGAAUGAUGGUGGGAAACCAAGGGACAGAGGUACGAAGACGUUCGCGAUCAUCGUGGGUCUGCUAGGUGGAAUUGCUCUGCUCAUCAUCUUCCUGACUUUCAUAAGGAAGGUGUUUCAGGGAGGAGGUAAAUAACGAGGUUGAGAUAUAUUCGGGCAAGAUGCGCCGUCGUGUUUGACUCUAUUCAUGUCCGAUAAGUUUGAGGAAGAAAAAAAGAAGAAGAUGCAUUUGAUCAAACAGUUCAUUUGUAAGGAAUCAAAAUAAGGCAAAGCUUCGAUUUGUUGUGCACGUCAAGAUGCUGUAUUCGAUUAAAUGCUAAAAACUUCAUGCUUGCACUUGCUCGAUUUUACUUAACCUGACCGCGACGAGGUGUAUUUCCUUCUUCACUUUGC